AUGGACCCGCAGUUCGCGUCGAUCCCCGUCUACAUCGGGCUUUUGGCGGCGUGGUUUUUCGUGUCCGAGCGGUACGUGCAGCUCCCGGUGCAGCUCCUGGUGGGCCUCACCACGUACCACGUCCCGGAGGAACAGCCGGGGUCCAGGGGCGCCGCGUCAGAGACCUUCGUCACGACGAAGAAGAAGCUGCACAAACCGCAGCCCGACAAGCCGCAGGGCGAGCUGGUCGCCGCGAGCAAGAAGCGCAAGGCCGAGGAGCGCCGCGCGAAGGAGGAGCGCCCAGCGCUCGACCUCGGCGUCGCGGGCAACCUCGCGCACGUGCCCCUGCCGCUGUCGGCUGCUGUCGGGACCCCAUUCUUCGCCGAACUCGACUCCCUCCUGUCCACCACGAGCAUCUGCGCGACGCAGUACCUCGCCGGAGAGCUCCUCCACCGCUUCACCGGCCUCCCGCGCUCCCCACUCGUCACGCUCUUCUGCCUCGUGGCGCUGUUCCAAGGGUUGCGAGCUCUGGUGCGGUGUGAGCUGCGGGCGCGACACGUGCGGCCCGACCACGGCGCGAUUCUCGCGCUGUUCGGGGUGGGCGGGCUGGUGUUCGGCGGGCUGAUCCUGCGGACGCCGCGGUGGCUGAUCAACUUCCGCGUCGUGGAGGCGGCGCGCGCGCUGCGGCCCAGCUUCAUGCAGUGGCUGCGGGGGCUGCUGAAGCCCGCGAUGGCAGCAGGGGAUCGCGGCGGGCCGGAGCCCGCGUUCGUAUCCGCCGUUCGCGUGCUCAUCGAGGAGCCCGAGGGCGGGUGGCCAGCGGUGAAGACGGUGCCGCUCCUGCUGCUGCUGCCGUUCGCGUGCCUCGCGGGCGCGGCGUCAGCGCUCCUCACGACGCCCGCGCUGCGGGCCGCGCGGAGCUACUGGCUGUGCAUGUCGCCGCCGGAGUGGGGGGACGAUUACUUCAGACCCCCCCUGUUUGUGCGCACCGUGCUGCACGCCGCGGUGGUCCUGCCGAUGCUCUCGUUCCUGGCGUGGAUCGGACCGGCAGGCCUGCCGCUGCUCGCCCCCAGGGCGCUGCAAAUCUACGUCAAACCAGGUCUGGUUGCCCUCUGGGCGCUUACGCAACUUCUGGCGGCGCGGCCGCUCCUCCAGAGCUACCUCAACGGCGCGCUGGUGGCGUGGCACGACCUCAAGGUGGACGCCGAGCGCGCGAAGGACGCUCCGACGUCGCGGAAGAUCGUCAAGCGCAUGCGCGCCACCAACGACCUCAUCUUCAGCUACCUCGGACGCGUGGCGACGAUGAUGGUGGCGCCGGCCUGCCUCCUGCUCGCGGGCGCGAUCCUCUACGUGUCGCGGGGCACGCCCGGCAUGGGCACCACCGCGGCACCCAUCUCCGCAGUCGGACUGAAAGGAUUCAAGGACCCGGUGCUGCACUUCCUCCCAAUGUCGCCGGAGCUCGUGGACGCGUCGUUCCACUACCUGUCCUUCACGUCCGCGACCGUGUGGCUCGUGUGGGUGACGGCGAGCCUGUGGAUGUUCCGCACGGGCAUCAUGGGGCACAACUCGUUCCAGCUCGCCGUGUAA